GCGGCGGCCCCCCCGCGCCCCCCGGGAAGCGCGGCUCCGCGCGCGCGGGCGGGCGGCAGGCUGAAGGUGGCCCAUUCUGAGAUUAAUUUAAUAAUCAUUUGCUUAGAAAACUUCCCGCGUUGUUCAUGGAGUUUUUCAUCAGUAUGUCUGAAACCAUUAAAUAUAAUGACGACGAUCACAAAACUGUGUUCCUGAAAACAUUGAAUGAACAACGUUUGGAAGGAGAGUUUUGUGACAUCGCUAUUGUGGUUGAAGAUGUUAAGUUCAGAGCCCAUAGGUGCGUGCUUGCUGCCUGCAGUACCUACUUCAAAAAGCUUUUCAAAAAACUUGAAGUUGAUAGUUCAUCAGUAAUAGAAAUAGAUUUUCUUCGUUCUGAUAUUUUUGAGGAAGUUCUCAAUUACAUGUAUACUGCAAAGAUUUCUGUUAAAAAAGAGGAUGUAAACUUGAUGAUGUCUUCAGGCCAGAUCCUUGGUAUUCGGUUUCUUGACAAACUCUGCUCUCAAAAACGUGAUGUAUCUAGUCCUGAAGAAAACACACAGUCCAAGAGCAAGUACUGUCUAAAAAUGAACCGUUCUAUUGGGGAACCCAAUGAUACCCAAGAUGAUGAGGUGGAAGAGAUUGGAGAUCAUGAUGACAGUCCAUCAGAUGUGACAGUAGAAGGCACUCCCCCAAGUCAGGAAGAUGGUAAAUCACCAACCACUACUCUGAGAGUGCAAGAGGCAAUUCUGAAAGAGCUGGGAAGUGAAGAGGUUAGAAAAGUAAACUGCUAUGGCCAAGAAGUAGAACCUAUGGAAACAACGGAAUCUAAAGACUUAGGAUCUCAGACCCCUCAGGCACUCACAUUUAAUGAUGGCAUAAGUGAAGUGAAAGAUGAGCAGACACCAGGAUGGACCACAGCAGCCGGGGAUAUGAAGUUUGAGUACUUGCUUUACGGUCACAGGGAACACAUUGUAUGUCAGGCUUGUGGCAAGACCUUUUCCGAUGAAGCGCGUUUGAGAAAACAUGAAAAACUACACACUGCAGACAGACCAUUUGUUUGUGAAAUGUGUACAAAGGGCUUCACCACGCAGGCUCAUUUGAAAGAACACUUGAAAAUACACACGGGUUACAAGCCUUACAGUUGUGAAGUGUGUGGGAAGUCUUUUAUUCGUGCACCAGAUCUAAAAAAGCAUGAAAGAGUUCACAGUAAUGAGAGGCCAUUUGCAUGCCAUAUGUGUGAUAAAGCUUUCAAGCACAAGUCCCACCUCAAAGACCACGAAAGAAGGCACCGAGGAGAGAAACCUUUUGUCUGCAGUUCCUGCACUAAAGCAUUUGCUAAGGCAUCUGACCUAAAAAGGCACGAGAACAAUAUGCACAGUGAAAGAAAGCAAGUUACAGCAGCCAAUUCCAUCCAGAGUGAAACAGAACAGUUGCAGGCGGCAGCCAUGGCUGCUGAAGCAGAGCAACAAUUAGAAACUAUAGCCUGUAGUUAAAAACUAAAGUAGGAACUUUAUCAGAAAUAAUAUAAGAAAUUAAAUGGAGCAAAAUCUGUUGUUGAUAUACAUUUAGACUGAGAAUCUUUUCAAGAAAGCAUAUUUUUAGAGGAUUUGAAUGUUACAUAGGAAUACAUAGCUUCGCUUGGUUAGGUAUGUUAAAACAUUUCAGAGAUGGAUGUUCUCAGAAUGUGAAACAGUUUUGUUGUCACUAGCAGUAUAAUGCACUAAUAACUGCUUUAAUUUGAGAAUGUGAUCAAGUUCUCUGUAGCAGGGAUCAUCACUGGCCGAUACUUUCCUUUAUCCAGUAUGGAAUACUGAAUACGAUGUAAACAUUGCAAUCAGUGAGAAUCAGUGACUUAUGCUUGAAAACGCUGAGAUCUCAAAAAUCACAAACAUGGAAAGAAGUUAUUUGGUUUUCAUAAUUCUUAGGCGUUGUACCUACAAUUUUUAUGAGAAGCAUACACUGAAUCCCUAAGCUUUUUAAUUCUGCCUUUUUUCACCUAAUGUAGGAUGGUACAAGAGAGUGUAAAGGAGGAUGGUAAUCAAAAUGAAAUUGCUUCUUAUUCCAUUCCCUCAGAUAUCCUCCUAUUUUUAUAAAGGUGGCAAGUUUUAAUGAAUUACUUGCAUUAUUGAAAAAACUGCAUUAUUCACAGGGAUUCUGGCUGGCAAAGCAGAAGUGUCAUGGCAUUCACCAGUCCCUUCUGUGGGCAAAAAUGUCUGCCUCAUUUGUUUUUAUAUUCACUUUUAUACAGGGCCCCAGAGGUGGGAUUGGGCCACAAAGGAAAAAGGGUGGAGCAUGGAGGAGACAUGCUCCUUACUCAAACCCAGUAAAAAUCAGUAAAAGCUAAUACAGCCUGAGAUGGUUUUUUUAUUAUGCAACUUCAGGUCACCUAACCUAGCACAGUGAAGGCAGAGGAGUAUCUGCAGGAGCAGGUGACCAGGUGUCACUGCCAGACUCCUGAAGCUGCAGCCAAGGGUGUCACAUACCUGCCCGCAGGCUCAGCUGGGGUUUGUGUCGUGGCUGAUCAUACAGCUCAUAGGUCCUGUUCAAGUUUAAAAGCUUCCACCUUUUGACAUGCCACCCCUCAUCAAGAGGGGGACUUCAGUGAGUGAGUUCUGUCAGAAUUGAUCCUGGGUGAGUGUUCACUAUUCGUCAGUUGCUUAGUCUAUUUUGUUUUUAACCAGCUGGGGUACAUGCUGAUAACAAUAGUUAACUCACAGAGUCAAGAAAAUAAGUGGUCUUUGGAUUGCAGUCUGCUACUUGUGGUCAUCAAGAGAAGACACAGUAACAGCAGCAAUGCAAUCCAAAGGUAUAUCAACCCUUUAUUUUAAAUUUGUAAAUAAUACAGCUGUUGUGAAAACUUCAUUUGAAGUUGGAAUGGGCAAAAAACACACUCGGGCACGUGGUUGGUAACAUUGGUCACUUGCGAUAACUAUAGCAUAUCAAAGUGUUAGACCAGUUUCUGAUAAGUUACUGUGUGGUAGAUCACAUCUUGCUUUUCUAAAUAGAAAUUUAAAAUAGUGGUUUUGGAACUGUUAUAUGGAACUUCAGUUACUGAGGGGUUUUUAUUUGGUCUAGGUUUUUUUUUUUACAGCUUUGUUUUAUUCAUGUAUUCAUCAGGUUAAGCAGUUAUCUUUAAAUGCCAGUAAUUGUUCAAACGCUGGUCUGUAAAUAAAACAUGACCUUAAUAUUUUAGAAAAUGUAAACUUUGGACCUUUACCAAUAUAUUUUUUUAAAAUGUUGCUUCAUUUUACAUUCAGUAAUAUUAGUUUGUAAACAAACUAUACAUUUUGUACCUGUGCAACAUCAGAGGAUGUGUAUUCAUUGCAUUUUAUUGGUUCUCUUGAGGAACAUGAUAAAUGACCAUUGUUAAAAUGUUUUACUGUAUAUGAUCAUAGAUAUAAAGAUAGUAGGUCCAAAAUAGGAUCUACUUUUUUUUUCUAAAUAUAUUCGUCUUGCUAUGUUUUCUUAUCUGAAAUUGUGUGCAC